AUGGACGACUAUUUCUUCGGCGCCGACUCCUCCGAGGAGGACCAAGUCUAUACCCCAUCGGCAACGGCAACACGCACCAGCUCCCACGAGACCGUCCCUCCCCACCCGGAGCCCGACCUUCUCCCCACCUACGCCAGCAUCUCGCGCGGCCCCAGCGCAGCAGUCCCCCCACACAAAGACGCAACAUUCCUCAUCCGCGACCGGGCCACGGGCCUCGUGAUCGCGCUCGAAGACGGCGAACUCGGACUCCACCCCGACGAAAAGUCCCCCACCAGCAGCAACACGGGGGGAACCGACACCGACACGGACACUGGGCGCCAGAGCGGCUACCAACACAGCCGCGGCAGCCACUGGCGGUGCAUUGAGAAUGACGAGCUCUGGCUCGGGUUCAGGAACUCGGUCUCGCGCGAGUAUAUCGGACACAAUGGGGACGUGAAGGGCCACUGGCGGUUCAUCGCGGAGAAGAAGCACCACGAGUCGUGGGAGUGGUUCUGUGCGAGGGAGCAGCAUCCGGAUGGGGGGCAUGUGCUUUUGGUCAAGCAUAAAAGUGGGUUUCGGGCUAUGAGGGCUGGUGGGGAGGGGGGGAGGGAGUUGGUUGUUGCGGGGAAGGGGGAGGCGGGGACCGCUUGGGAUUUUAUCAAGGUGCGGUAG